AUGCCAGACCAGAAAAGAAACAAAAGAAGAGAGCUUCUCAGCAGGGUCGUAAUGGGGGCUGUUGCAGGGUCUGUUAUCGGCCUGGGCGUAGGAAUAUUGCACAAAACUGUAAACAGAAAAAGCUCUAUUUGCACCCGGAUAACCGACACCAUGCUCAUAGGAGGGGUGUACGCGAUUGUAGAUAAGGUAAUUGAAAACUACAAUGUAAAUCACGUGUACAGGCCCAUUGUUACAGGAGCAAUUGCCGGUGGGCUUGGCUCCCGAGGAGGCGCCCUGGGCAUUGCAACAACCUCGGCUAUGACAGCAGGCGCUGCAUACGCCCUGGAAAACGCCAACGUCUUUGGAAGGCCCGACAUUGAGUAG